AUGUCCACGACCAAUGAAUCCCCAUAUGUCCCACUGCCACAGACUGGCGACUUCAUCAGACUUCUCGAAUUAAACCCGGGGGAGCCCACUGACAACCUCGUUGGGAAAUUUGUGGUACAUGACCUCAAAGACGCGCAGCCUGAAUACACGGCGACCUCGUACGUCUGCGGCGAUGACAAUCGCUCCCGUCACUACAUACUCAUGUCAGGCUCUAAGCUUGGGAUCUACAAGAAUGCGGAUGAGGUCCUCAGGAGAUUCCGCUCUGCGGCGAAUAUAACAUACCUGUGGAUUGAUGUCGUCUGUAUAGAUCAGGAAAAUGCAGUAGAGAAGGCUAGGGAAGUCACUCUGAUGUACAAAGUCUAUGAAAAUGCCAGCAGGACCGUGAUAUGGCUAGGCCCUAGUGAUCACGACGUCACAGCCGCGAUUGAUUAUGCCAGGACGCUGGACGCUGGAAGAUACCUUGACGAGUACACACCCACGGUGAUGUACGCUGGAUAUGAGACACCCUACUUGCAGAACAAAUCUCAUAUACUUGACGUCUUGGACACCCAUCCACAGAAGGAGUCAUUGAUCAACUCCUGCGCAAAACUUCUCCUCCGACCCUGGUUUACACGCGUGUGGACCCAGCAAGAAGGCGCUUUGAGCUCUGACCCGGUGGUGGUUUGCGGUAAAGAAGCGAUACCGUGGAUUCAGAUCUUUGCGUUGGCAUGGCUAUUCCAGCCUAGAUCCACGAUGCGUUGGCCUCAGUGGUUUCUCUCCACCAAUCCCUCGGAGACAUAUGUUGAGCUUGAAGCGAAUAUGAUGUUCAUCCGGAGCAUUCAGAAAUAUCGGCUUCGUGCGAUGCAGAUUGCGAACCAUGCACCGCAAACACGAGAGGUUAGCCUACUACAUGCCAUGUACGAUGCCACUCGGUUGAAAUGCUAUGAUCCACGGGACAAGAUUUAUGCCAUUCGAAAUAUUGCCACAGACUUGGCCGAGAAUGAUUGGGCACCUCAGCCGGACUACGUCACACCCUGGGAGGAUGUCUACACCGAUUUUGCGGUGCGGAUGGCGGAUAGGGGAGGACGCGAGGUGCUGGACUGGUCUGGAGUCUGUCAACAGGGAAAGCAAUCAGGUCUGCCUUCUUGGGUGGUGGACUGGAGGUCGUACCCGUGGACACAGUAUCUCGCCCAUAACGAAUGGUGUGCCGGGGGCAAAGUCUUUCGGCCAAAGGCGGAGAGAAUACCCAAGAAAAAGCAGCGUUACCUGAUGAAAAUGCUCGAGGCUGCCAACCAGCCUAGGAAAUCGCUGCGGUACGCUCUGUCAAUCACAGUCAUAAUGCAGGACACCAUUGUCUAUCUCAGCGGUGUUGUCGAAAACGGGAAAACCUUUGAUGGAAUCGUAGAUCUGCGUCAAGAUGCACUAGCUUUGGAUCAAACAUCCCAGGAUUUCGUCAAAGCCCUGCCCUCUCCAACAUACAUCGACUCCGAAUUUGCCCUAGAUGCUUACAACGCAACCCUUAUUGCCAACACUACAGACGAAGACACCAUUGCUUCGCCCUCCUAUGUCACUUCUGGUGCACAGGAAUGGCGCUCUUGGCUCUCCUCCAAGACAACCUCAGAGGACAACACCGAGACUAACGACAAAAAUGUGUUUCCGAAAUUCUAUGAAGCAAUUGAUUCCAUGGACACGUUCCAGUACAAACAGUUCUGCGUGUCUAGCUUCGGCUACUUCUGCCUUGUUCCAGAUAUGACCGAAACAACGGACGCCAUCGCCAUCGUCAAAGGGCUGGAUAUGCCGAUCGUGCUUCGUCCUGUCAACGACUACUACGUGUACCUAGGGAAAUGCUAUGUCCACGGCAUGAUGGAAUCGCAAGCUGGCACAUUGAUCGAGGAGUUUCGCGUCAAGUUUGAUCCUAAAGAGGGAAAGGUUGUUGUGGGUAGACCCGAAGGUGAUAUUAGGAAGAAUGGCUUUAAAAUGGAGGCGGGAGAAUAUGUGAGGGUGUUGGGGAGCCUUGGGGAAAGGAAGAUCGAGUUGAUAUGA